AUGAACCAACAGAUACCUCUCAACUACGAGGCCUCAGCCGGCAACACCCACAUGCGCAUCACCAGCGAGCUCCCGCCCGAAGUCGUCCAAUGUCUCGAGAACGCGCGCUUCCUCCACCUAGCCACUUGCGUCGACAACAUGCCUCACGUCUCGCUCAUGAACUACACCUACCUCCCCUCUUCGCCCUAUUCCGACUCCCCCAUCAUUGUCAUGACCACCAACCCCGCCAGCAAGAAGAUGAACAACCUGGUCGCGAAUCCGAACGUUUCUCUGCUGGUUCACGAUUGGGUCUCCCACCGCCCCUCCACCUCUCACCAGCGUCGUCCCUCCAGCGGUUCUCCCGGUCCCUCGGAACACCGCUCCUCUUCUCUCGCGGCCCUUCUCUUCAACCUCAACACCAGCGCCGUCUCCUCCAUCAGCGCGACCAUCAACGGAUCCGCCCGGCUCGUCGACCGCGGCUCCGAGGAGGAGCGCUUCUAUCGGGAGAAGCAUCUGGAAAACAACACGUUUGACAGCGACCCGCAGCCGUCGUCGAUUUUGAGCAGCAUUCGAAGGGGCAGCACCGCGGGCCAGCCGACAUCGAUGUCGCAAGGUGGGCAAGGUGCGGGGGAAGAGGGAGAUUAUGGUAGGGAGAGAUACGUGGCGGAUGAGGAAGUGAGAGUGGUGGUGGUGGGGAUCCGGGAUGUCCGGAUUGCGGAUUGGAAGGGGACGGUGCAGGAUUGGGUUAUUGCGCCGCCGGAGGGAAGGAGUGAGGGGACGAAUGAAACUUUGGUGAAUGGUAUUCGGUAG